GUCACAUCACGCUCAAUUUAAAAUGGAAAGAAGCCUCUUCUGUUUACGAUAAACAUAUCUAUGGACUUUACAUGACGGAAAGAAAAAAUAACGACGUAUAACACAUGGAAAGAAGAAUCUCAGUGCCUGCAACUGAAAUAGUAAGACUCAAUGACGAGAAAUACAAAUUCGGUAACACGAAACGAUAUCUCUGUUACGUCGAAUGAGAACAUUAAAACUCAACUGAGACAAUUGAUCACGUAGGAACCGCCUACGGAAAUCUUUCCGUUUCUACAACCGAAUUUUCGUCUGGUCCUCAAGGCAACGGGAAAUUCAGUUACUCUAACGGAGUUGUUUUUUCCAUGUACACGUAAGAGAGACGUAAUUAUUCCUCUUGAACGUUCUCCAACAAGUUCCGGCGAACAAGUGAUUUUUUACCACGGCACAAUGAUCUUUCGAAUUAUUACGUAGCUCAGGAUAUAGAAUCUCGAGUCCUUCGUCCUGCUUCGCAGAAAUGUCUUUAAUCAACGUCACGUUACAAUUCACCGUCGAGCUUUCGCCGCAUAAAGAUCCCCACGCCAGACCAAUCAUACCACGCGAGGAACUCCUCCGCGUACACCUGGCCGUGUGUACCCUCGGGACCGGGAGAACUCUUCGACGAGGUUUUCCGCUGAGGGCCCUCCGCGCGAUACACCACCGCGACCCUUUCUCGCACCGAUAAUGUUGCCAACAAUAAGUAUCGCAACGUCGAGACGCCGGGUUCUCCGACGGACGUCGGGAUAUUUGCGCCCGUCGGCGGAGUAGAUUGGCGUGGGCAUCCGCGCCAGGUGAACGAAUUCCCCAUGCAAUCCGCCUAAUCCUUCGACCGCGACGAAGUGACCCAUGGGACUUUCGGCCGACGGACAUAAAUACCGCGAGUGCGCUCGGACUACCGUCACUCUGCUCGGGGAAGUCGCGAACGUCGCUCGAAACGAACGCUCGUCGUCAACAGGUGAACGCCGCCGCAACAGGUAAGAAGAGACGCGUCCGGGAUUCCGCUUGGAGGGCUAUGAGGUCGCGUGACACUUCGUGCAAAUCUUCCCGUAAUGGCGAUUAGCGGAGCCGAUGGUAGAAAAGAAAUCCAAUUUCCAUGAUCGUCCAUAUUUUGUGACAAUUGACGCAUUAUAAAUAUCGCAUUUUCUUGCGUUUCAGCGAAUUAAAAGUAAAGUUCUAAAGAACGAUGGGCCAAUUUUGACCAUCGGGGUGACAAAUAAAAACGUUAUGCUUUCUUGUGGAUUUUUAGAGCUGCUGAAUCUGAUUCUGAUCUUUAAAAAAAUUGUUAUUUGCCGGGAAAGUAUUAAAAGUAUUAGAAUCAGCAUAUAAAGCUACUAAACAUCUAGCAUCGUAAAUUAUUAUUGUUAGGCUUUACGAACAUAUUUUUUGCGCUAGUAAAACAUGAUAACGCUUUUAUCUCUAAUUCAUGUUCUGAUCAGCCUACAUCCGUGCGCCCUAUACAGUGGAACUUCUUUAUAGUCACACUUUCGGAACCGAAAGUGUGACUAUAAAGACGUCGUCUUAGCUCCGCCCAAAGCAGGAUCCAAAGCAGAAUAGUAUUUUACUAUUGUGGUAUUUUACUACAGGAAAUUGUAAGAUUUAUGAAAAAAAUAUUUUUAAGCACCAAGACCCACUUUGAUAAGGCCUUCUUCAUUUAUUAAUUUGUGUUAUUCACAUAUCGAUUGAUUACUUAAUAUUGUUUAUUUUAUUAUAAUUUAACAUUUUCAUUAACAUACCGUUCCACAAUAGCUUCUUAUAUAUUUAUUAAUGUAGUUGAGGCCGAAGAGUCAUAAUUUUUCUCUGUUUAGAAGAUUCAAAACGGACUUCAUCUUUAGUUCGCUAAAACGUACGAAAAUGUGCACACAAUGUGGUCCGUAACGCAUUGAAUUACGAUAUUGCAUAAAUGAUUAAUAUUUAUUAUACACCCAUGCGAGUAAAUUUGGAAUAUUAUUGGUUCUAUUGUACGAUAAAUUUGACGCGAAGGCAGAUCGAGAGUUCGUCAUAUCUUACAAGUUUUGAAUCGGAAGAUAAUCGUAUAACCGUGACACGCAAUUUGCUCAAAUUUAGCCCAGUUUCCGCCUUUGUAUGCUUGCGACACGUUCAACCUGGAGACAGUUUGAGUGGCAUUUGCUGCGUCGUCGAUCAUGAAAAACCUAUUUCUGAUAUCCGCGGCGUCCGGUGUACUUAAUUGAUAUAAAUCGAUAAAGGAAUCUCUCCGGAAGAUGGCUAUAGCCGAAUCGCUGAGGAUGUAGCUUUCUUGUAACGUCGAACAAGAAACCGCGUAAGCAUGAAUUGUUUUUCAGCAAUGAGGAAGAUACUGCUGGCCACGACCCUGCUGUCGAUGGCAAUGUCCGAAAAUAUUCUGGUAAGUGUAAUAUCUUCGAAUCCCAGUCGAAACGAUGCGAUCUCCCUCUCUAAAUUAAACGAUAAAACUAGCACGGGAUGUCGGAACUUUAUUUUAUCAUAUGUUGCUCUUUUUCAUCUCGAAAUGGAGAAACAUGCGAAACCAACGAUGUGGGUCCGCGAGGCGGAGAGGCAAUUCUGGAAUAAAAGACCAAAGCCAAUGUCGCAGGAUAAUACCCCGCCCGAACUGCUGGAUGUCUUGAAUUACGACGACGACAGGAAGUUUCCCCGGAUCUCGGAUACACGGUUCGUCAACGAACCUGUGCAACUGUCCCCGGUAGCGAUGAUCAGGCGGCCCGAUUUGGCGCGAUUCUCGCAAGUUGAUCUACCUUCUGACAAAUCGAAGCUCGACAACGUCAAACCUACGGUCUUGAUCUCCAUCGGUAUACAAGAUAAAAACGGCGGUUCGCAGGAGUGCUCGUCGAGGAAGAAUUACCGCAAGCACAAUCAAGGAUGGCAGGUGCAGAAGCCGUUCUACGUCGACGAGCCACAGUGGGUCGAGAUCGAUGCCGACUACACGGACAGGUCAGUGCGACAUCCGGAGAGUGGCGAUCCUUACAUAAUGUCGCGGGGCAAAAAAUUCAGGAUCAAGGAUCCGGAGAACCUAGAGAAAACGAUCGAAGAUUACGAGGAAUUCCUCGACUACAUGAGCAAGAGCGAGAAACGGUCGGCGAAGAACCGCGUCCGGAGGUCCGUCGAAACGACGGCUGGCGAAUUCCAGAGUGACGCGCUCGACGAGAAGCGCGAUCAGGAGAAAGAGACGAGUCGCUAUCUUUUCCGAGAUCUCGACAGAAGACACACGAACAAGAUUCGAACGGAAGAUCAAGACGAGGAAUCGCCGAGGAUCGAUGAUGAGGACGCCGAGAAGAGGAAGGAGAACACCCUUAUGAGUCCCGUUGUCUUCGUUCAUAGAUUCGAGACGGAUAAGCCGAGGAACUCGGUGAAAGCGCCUCCGCAGGGCUACAGAUUUGCAAAACGGAAUCGAACCGCCGCGAACGACACGUCAAUCAGCAGUCCCAUCGGGGAGAAGUGGAAAAUACAACGCGAAAACGUUCCGAGUUACGUUGAAGAAGGUGGCGACGACGAGACCAUGAAGAUCGGCGAGAGAUUCCACAGCAGCAAGGAUCGCUUCGCCAUUGGCGCGAACAAAGGAUACGAGAGAGUGCUCGGAAACGGGGUGUUCGUCAGGGUGCAGGGCAAGCGCGGGAAUCGGCAUAUCGGCGAAGUGAACUAUGAGGACAACGUUGACCGGAAGAAAGCCGCCCUGUUCGAGCGAACGCGCGACGACCCUUACUUCGAUAAAUUGCACAACUUCAAAGUGCAUGGCGACCUUUUCAUUCCAUCUCGGGGCAAGAAGCCAUUCGACGGUGGACUGAAGGACUCGGACAAGAAGGAUACAAGGCUGAACGGACGAAGAUGGGAAGAUUCGUCGAAUAUCGAGCGAUACGCGCAUCGUAAUGAACCUGAAAACGACGAGAGAGAAGCGAAGAACGACGCGAGCGGACCAGGAUCCGACCAAGGCAACCUGGCGACCUGGCCGAUAGAGGCACGAUUGACAAGCAAGUCGAAUUCGAAGAGCUCUUUCAGGACGAAGAAUCGCUCGAAUUAUCGGAAGAAGCGUAACAUUUUCGAAACUAGACCAGAAUUCCAAAAUGACGCAUUGCUGAGGAGCAUCAAGAUAGCUGAAGAGUCGGCAGAAGCUUACUUGACGCCGAGAGACAAGCAUGGCAACAUCCUGGAUUUGCAAAACCACCUGUUCACCGACCCUUUCUUCAUCAUGCGUGGUAAGAAAGCACCGGGUGAAUCUGCGGUCAACUCGAUGACAGAGCAGCAGAACCAGGACGACUUCGAUCGAGCAACACAUUAUUCGAUAAACGAGGACCUCUUGGAGUUGUUGAUGGAGAGGGCCAAGUGCAACGAUGAUUACUGCGACCCGAACCAGUGGCUGAAGAGCACACCGGUGUUGAGGGAUCGGCGCGACCCGGCGCUCGAUAAGCUUUUGAUGAGAAAGUACGAUCCGUUCGUGAUAAACAGAGGCAAAAGGCUGAAGCCGGGUAACUUUUAGAAUAACGGACAGUCGCAGCGAUAUUUGGAAUCGCGCGUUCGAGCGGAUUUUGAUUACGGACACUGCGCGAGGUCUCCAAAAUGAGACGCGUUAAGGUGCUACUCAAUUCAUGAGACCCUGAUUGCAGCUUUGAACGUGGUCACGUGGUUUGAAUUUGAUGCCAGCCUCAAUGAAAAGGUGUUGGGUUUUAGCUUCUAAUGAAUUCACGUAAUGUGAACUGCUAAUUCUGGAUAUUCCAAGGUUUUAUGUUGCUUAUUUUAUUCUAUUAUUUUGUCUGUACAGCUUCUCUUAAGGAAGUUAUAAGGCUAAGUAGGUUUGAUAGAAGAAUUCGUUGAAACUUGCACUGCGUAUGCACUGAAAUAUUAUCUAAUUGCUCCUGCAAUUAGAAAGAUAUUGAUCAUUCGUAAGCUGAGAUAUUUAGAACGAACUGCUUAACAUUUUUUCUACGUGUUCUUUGAGAGAUUAACGUGUUAUUUUUAAUUUCUAUUUAUAAUAUCUACUAAAAUCAAAAUAAGAUAUUGAUGAAAGACUAUGAUAUUAAAGACUAAUAUCCAGGUAUUAUACAUAAAUU